AUGCCACACAAAGUGAACGACUCCAAUUCCACACUGGCAAGCAGAACCAGCAGCAACGAUCAGGUGGUCACCACCGAAGUCCGAAGUCUAACAACCAAUCCCGUCCGCAAACCUCCGGUGGUCGUCCACAACAAGGGCGGACGAAUAUACGAUGAGACGCGGCCGUCUGACUGGGACAAACAACGCUGGAAGUAG